AUGGGACCUCUGUGUGCCCUGUGGGUGCUGCUCACGCUGCUGGAGGCCAUCACCCCGCCGCCUAAGUUCUGGCCGACCACCAUCCAGAUCAUGCAGGGCUUCGAGGUGGACAAGGGGGAGUGGUUCGUGCUGGGCCUGGCGGGCAGCACCCACAGCCGGGCAGACAGGUCCUUGCUGAGCCCUUUCACCGCGACGUUCGAGAAAAAUAAAACGAAUCAGCUUAAGGUGACCUACGCCAUGAUCCGGGGCCAGCGCUGCGUCACCUGGUCGUAUGUGCUGAUUCCCACAGCCCAGCCUGGCGUGUUCUCAGUGGAGAAGAGCAGGGAGCUCGGGACCGACACCGAGGAGGUGUGGGUGCACGAAACGGACUACAGCACCUUCGCGCUGACGAGCUCCCGCAGGCGGUCCAGGCACCGCAGCAUCCUCAGGGUCCACCUGCUGUGUGAAGCGUGGGCGCUUCAGACUGAGGCGCUGGAAAAAUUCCUCUGCCUCCUCAAAGCCCGGGGCCUGUCGGAGGCCAACAUCGUCUUCCCAGACAUCCCAGGUAGCGCCUGCUCCCUCCUCCCACCUGGGCCCUCCUCCCGGCCACCUGCUCCCACCUGGGCCCUCCUCCCGGCCACCUGCUCCCACCUGGGGCCCAAGGCCACCGCCCCCUUCGCUGGGCGGUCAGGAGACGCUGUGCCUGCCUCGGACCCACCCCCUCACCUCACUCGCCUCCAGCCGAGGUGGGAGCUACAGUUUCCCGGCUGA